GGUAAGCUCACCUGUUCAAAUAUGCGGCGACAUUCAUGGACAAUAUGAAGAUCUUCUUGCCCUCUUUCAUCUUAAUGGAUUUCCACCAACGAAAAGGUAUUUGUUUCUCGGAGAUUAUGUCGAUCGAGGCCCAUAUUCUCUCGAAUGUAUUGUUCUGUUAUUCGCGUACAAGGUAUUACACCCGGACGAAAUUGUCCUACUUCGUGGGAACCACGAAUCACGUCCUGUGAACAUGCAAUAUGAAAAGCGAAUCCUUUGCAUGCAUGGCGGUAUAAGCGAAGAGCUAAUGGACUUCAAGCAGUUGGACAAAAUCGAGCGGCCAUGUGACAUACCUGAUAUUGGUGUGAUUGCUGACCUAACAUGGGCCGACCCUGAUCCGAACAUCUCCGGGUACGAGGAGUCACCUCGAGGUGCUGCCCGCAUAUUCGGAGCAGAUGCGUUGAAGAAUUUCUGUAAGCUCCAUGGACUGGAUCUCAUUGUGAGAGCUCAUCAGGUAGUUCAAGAUGGUUACGAGUUUUUCGCCGACCGACACUUGGUCACAAUAUUUUCGGCUCCAAAUUAUUGCGGGCAGUUCGAUAACACAGCCGCUGUGAUGCUCGUCAACAAGGAGCUUGUGAGAGAGCAAUGA